ACAGUGGCGGAGGUGCGGAGUGCUGACCCCCCCCCCCCGCCCCCCUCUGACAGGAGAGGGUCGCGUUCAUCGUGCGCCGCAGCGGCGUCUCGGCAACAGAGGUGUGCGGAUCGCUGGUGGACAGCUGUCACUUCACAGCGGCCCGCCGGUGGUCGGUGCGACUGCCACCGCCGUCCGCGCCCCCCUACCACCGACCGCAGCGGCCCGCGGCAGGGCACGGCCAGCCGCUGAAGGUGCUGCAACUGGCAGACGUCCACCUGCAGCUCGACUACGCCUACGGCAGUAACGUCAACUGCAAGAACAAGCUGUUCUGCUGCAGAGCCAGAGACGGGUUUCCGAAGAUGCACAAGCUGAGAGCCGGGAUGUGGGGCACGUACGAGAAGUGCGACACGCCGCCGGCGCUGCUCGUGUCGCUGCUGCACCACGUCCGGGCCACCCACCCGGACGUGGCCUACAUCCUCUGGUCGGGGGACAACUCGGCCCACAACGUGCACGAGGUGACGCGCCGGCAGACGGUGGCCGCCAACCAGGCGGUCACCGACCUGCUCCGGCGCGUGUUUCCGCGCGCGCUGGUGCUGCCCGCUGUCGGCAACCACGACAGUCACCCGGUGAACAGCUUCCCGCCGCCGACGCUAGGGGGCCGCUUCUCUAACGGCUGGCUGUUCAGCGCGCUGCGCCGCAUGUGGCGGCCCCUGCUGGAUGGCCGGCUGGGCGGCGGCCGGCGCAUCGAGCACAGCUUCGAGCAGACGUUCCACCCGUACGGCUACUACUACGUCCGGGCGGCCGCCGAUGGUUUCCGGAUACUGGUGCUCAACACCAACUACUGUUACACGCUCAACUUCUGGACGCUGCUGGAGGCGCGCGACCCAGGCGGUCAGCUGCGCUGGCUGGUCGCCCAGCUGGCAGAGGCAGAGGCCGCCGGCGAGCGGGUUCACAUCCUGGGACACAUCUCUCCGGGCGACGAGACGUGCCGGCCCGACUGGAGCCACCAGUACAGCCGAGUCAUCCACAGGUUCCGCGCCACGGUGCGGGCGCAGUUCUUCUCGCACACGCACCUGGACGAGUUCCAGGUGGCGCUGGAUGGGGCCGGCCGGCCCUUCUCCACCGUCUACAUUGCGCCCUCAGUGUCGCCGUGGACCAGCCUGAACCCCGGCUACAAGAUCUACCACGUCCAGCCGGACACCUGGGAGGUCAUCGACACGGAGCACUGGGCGACAGACCUGGAGGUGGCUAACCGCAGCCCGCACAGGCUGCCGCGCUGGUUCGCGCUGGCCUCUGCCCGCCGCGCCUACCGGCUGGCGACGCUGCGCCCCGCCGACUGGCUCGCGCUGACCCGCCGCAUGGCGCGCGACAGGAGGCUGUUCGACAUCGUCUACUCCACCUACUGGGGAGGCUCCCGGCGGCGCAAACCCUGCCGCGCCUCCUGCAGAAAGAAGAUCCUCUGCAACAUCGUGACGUUCGACCGCAGCAGCGACCGCCACUGUGAGAUCAUCAAGAGCAAGCUCAAAGGCUGAUGAGCGGGCCGGCGGUGCUGCGGAGGGGUUUGCGGGUCAGAUGGCGUGGUGACGGGGUGCCAGACUGGCGGCGCUCUUCAGGCGGCUCUCAGUCCGCGGCUCAUGUUGUGAUCUCGUGCGUGUCGGUAAUGUAACUCAUACUGUAGGUAUGUAGGUAUGUCAUACUGUAGGUAUGUGAGGGAAGACCGGAAACUGCCGGCUGUUAGCGCUGAGCGCGGCGGGCGCCGCCUCCGAAUCAGCCGCCGGCGCUUAGAGCGGCUGAUGAGCUCGUGUUGUGUGUGUGCGCUGUGAGCUGCCGUCUGUGCGCUGUGAGCUGCCGUCUGUGCGCUGUGAGCUGCCGUAUGUGUGCGCUGUGAACUGCCGUAUGUGUGCGCUGUGAGCUGCCGUCUGUGUGCACUGUGAGCUGCCAUAUGUACGCUGUGAGCUGCCGUGUGUGUGUACGCUGUGAGCUGCCGUCUGUGUGCGCUGUGAGCUGCCGUGUGUGUGUACGCUGUGAGCUGCCGUGUUUGCGCGCUGUGAGCUACCCCAACUAUUUGUGUCGUCACUAGUGACUCAUCAGGAGAUGCACUGUAGAUACCAUGUGUGCUGUUUACCUCAUCCCGCUCCGGCGAACGGCGCGAGUCACCGGCGGACUUACCACGGGUGUGGCGGCCGCUGGGGCCGUGCCAGCCCCCCCUACCCUGCACGACAUGCGCUGGCUCGUGACCAGUGCGGGUGAGCUCAUACGGAGCACUGCGGGGGGCUGCAGGGACGGGGGCGGGCCUGUCACUCGGCCGGUCAGCGCGGGCUGUCCGGAGCUCUGGGUCAGUGGGCGCUGUGCGGCCAGCUCCUGCCGCCGGGUGUGCCGGGCGCG